UGAUUCACUCCCUCCUUCGCCCCAGGGCCCCCUUCCCGGCCACACGGAGGGCAAGACGGCUGGGUGUGCAGUGUCCACGAGCCCACGAGAAACCGAGCAGAUCGUCCGCGCCCCCGGGGACUCCGGCCCACGCCAUGGCGGACUCCGAUCGCUUCUCGGCCCCCGGCUGCUGGGCCGCCUGCACCAACUUCGCGCGCACCCUCAAGGGGAUUCUGCUGUUUGCUGAGAUUAUACUGUGCCUGGUGAUUCUGAUCUGCUUCAUCGCUUCCACAUCAGCAUACUUCUCUCUGUCAGUGGUUGAGAUGAUCCUUGCUGCUGUCUUCUUUGUCAUCUACAUGUGUGACCUGAACACCAGGAUAAGGAUCAUCAACUGGCCUUGGAGUGAUUUCUUCCGAACCCUCAUAGCAUCCAUCCUCUACCUGAUCAUCUCCAUCAUUGUGCUCGUGGAGAAAGGAAACAGCUCCAAAAUCAUCGCCGGGGUGAUGGGCCUAAUCGCCGCAUGCCUCUUUGGCUUUGAUGCCUAUUUCACUUUCCCCUUGAGGCAGCAAAGACACACAGCAGCCCCUACGGACCCUACAGAUGGCCCGGUGUAGGUGAACUACCUUGAUUUCUCUCUGCAACCUGCAAAUAACUUCCAUCGAAAUCACUGCUCCCCACCCCUACAAACACUCCUAGCCAACUCCCAGCCUCCUAUUGAGGUAAAAGUGCCUUUAUCUGAAGAAUGUGUCUUCCAGCCUGCCAAUCAACCCUCCUGGGUGUGGCCACCUCUAUGGGUGUGCCUCGGUUCCCCUUCUGAAGCAUCUAGAAGCAGACACCAGUUCUGCCCGAGCUAUGCCCCCACCUAAGCCGCAAAAUGAGGGAGAGGGUGCCUCAGUUUCAGACUCCCCAGGUUGUGACACACUGCAAAUCACCUCAGUGUGGGAGGUGGUUCUGUGGAGGGAUACAUAUGAAUAAAUAAUAAACAGAUGGUUAGAAUA